GUUACUGAGACAUCUUAACGGUUAGCGUUUGUCCCGCGAGACGGCGGCGGCCACCGAGACCGACACCGGGAGUGAGAGCGCGCGCGCGAGCCUGAGGGGGAGAGCGAGAGAGAGAGAGAGAGCGAGAAUGCUCGAGGAGGAAAAGGUGAUUCCCGUGCGUGUGGCCUUGCGAUGCCGUCCACUGGUGCCAAAGGAAAUCCGCGAGGGAUGUCAGGAAUGCUUGACUUUUGUACCUGGAACUCCACAGGUUAUUUUGGGAAAAGACAAGCCAUUUACUUACGAUUAUGUUUUCGAUCCGUGCACCGAGCAAGAGGAGGUGUUCAAUACUGCUGUAGUUCCUUUAAUCGAUGGGGUCUUCAAAGGAUACAAUGCCACAGUAUUGGCAUAUGGACAGACAGGUUCUGGGAAGACCUAUUCCAUGGGAGGCACGUAUACAUCUGCACAGGAGAAUGAUCUGAAUGUUGGAGUCAUUCCUAGAGUAAUAGAAAUGUUGUUCAGGGUGAUGAAAGAACAUGCUGAUAGCGUGGUCACAUUGAAGGUCUCCUACCUGGAGAUCUAUAAUGAGGAGAUUAUAGAUCUAUUAGUUCCAUCUCAUGAUAAAUCCCCGAUCAACAUCCGUGAGGAUCCCAAAGGAGACAUAAAGAUUGUGGGUCUGAUUGAGAAAGUAAUCACUGAUGCAGUAGAGAUGGUGAGCUCCCUGGAGCAGGGGAACUCUGUCAGGACUGUUGCUGCUACUGCCAUGAACUCACAGUCCUCCCGGUCACACGCAAUAUUCACCAUCAUUGUGGAGCAGAGGAAGAAAAGUGACAAAAACGAGGUCCUUCAAUCCAAGCUACACCUUGUGGACCUAGCGGGGUCUGAGCGUCAGAAGAAGACAAAGGCGCAAGGCAACCGCCUGAAAGAAGGAAUCAACAUUAACCGUGGCUUGUUGUCACUGGGCAAUGUUAUCAGUGCGCUUGGUGACGAGAACAACCGAACAGGCUUCAUACCGUACCGGGACUCAAAGCUCACCCGCCUGCUACAAGACUCGCUUGGUGGGAACAGCCACACACUGAUGAUCGCUUGUGUCAGUCCCGCUGAUUCUAACUUUGAGGAGACGCUGAACACCUUGCGCUAUGCAGACCGAGCCAGGAAAAUCAAAAACAAACCUGUGGUCAACCAUGACCCUCAGGCUGCUGAGCUGCAAUGCCUUAAACAGAAGGUACAGGAGCUUCAGGUGCUGUUAGUACAGGCACAUGGCGGGACCAUACAACUGGGAAACAGGACUCCAAAUUGUAAGAGCCAGGAGGCUGCAAUGGAGGUAAGCAGGAUGGAGCAAGAGAACCAGAAACUGAGGAAAGCUCUUCACGAUGCUGUCAGCCAUCACACACAGAUGUGUGAGCGGGUCAUUGUGACAGAACAAACCAACGAGAAGCUGAGGAAUAAGCUGGAUGAACUCCGUCACCAUGCUGGAUGUAAACUCGACUUGCAGCACUUGACGGAAGGAGAAAUGAACGAGCAGAUUGACAUACUCUGCCAACUGCAGCAGUCCAUUAUUAACCUGGAGAAGGAAAGUGCGGAAGCUCCAGAGAUCGAGGAAGAUGGCGAGGUCAACAGUGAUGACAACGACAGUGUGAGAGACAAACGUGAAUCAGACCCUUUCACCACCCAGAAUGCACUGCGGCAAGCACAGCUGUCCAAGGAGCUGAUGGAGUUGGAUAAGGUUUUGGUGCUGAAGGAGCAGUUGGCCCGAAAAAUGUCCCAGAGCGAUGAGCCUAUGUACUCCCAGUAUCAGGUUAAUAUCCAGAACCUAGAGGCUGAGGUCACUGCUCUACAGAAGGAGAAGGAGGAGCUGGUCUCACUGCUGCAGAAUGCAAAAAAGGAUACAAACACUGCCAAAGUGAGUGAGCGACGGCGAAUGCGGUUGCAGGAACUGGAAACGGAAAUACUCCAGUUGAAGAAGAAGGUAGUAGAACAGUCCAAGGUAGUCAAACAGAAGGAGAAUGCUACCCGAACAGUUGACAAACUCAACCACGACAUCCAGACUCUUAAGGUUCAGCGGGUUCAGCUGAUGCGACAGCUAAAGGAAGAGUCUGAGAAGACGCGACAAUGGAAAGCACAGAGGGAAAGGGAAGUGCUGCAGCUGAAGGCACAGGAUCGGAAGAGACGAUACGAGCUGGUGAAGCUAGAAAGAGAAUAUCAACAGCAAAGCAACGUCCUGAGACGCAAGACCGAGGAGGCCGCUGCUGCCCACAAGCGGUUGCGAGAUGCUUUGCAGAGACAGAAGGAUGCGUCUUCCAAGCGUAAAGAUCAGAACCGAGGAAUGGAGGGUAUGGCGGUCAGAGUCAAGACCUGGCUGUCCAAUGAGCUGGAGGUACAGGUGAGUAUCGAGGCAGCUCGACGACCCCUGAACUCCCUGAUGGACGACAGAAAGCUCCUGGCACAAGAACUGGCCAGCCUUAAGGAGAAAAAAGAGGCCAAACUCCCUCCUUCUAAACUCCCGCGCAGAAGCUUCACACUGACCGAGCUGAUUGAAUCUGUUGAGGACAACCCCUCGCUGGACAAGCACAUUGAAAGCCUGGAGUCUGAAAUAGAAUUGCGGAGCGCUCAGAUUGCAGACCUGCAGCAGAAGCUGAUGGACGCUGCCAAUGAGGAGAAACAGAAGAAUUGCUGGGAAAGCAUGACAACCAUGUCAGAGGUCAAGUGUGGAGUGAAGUGGCUAAUGGGAGAGCUGGUGUCUUGUAAAGUGUCUCACAGCCAACUGGAGAAUGAGAUAGAACAAGCCAAAAUGGAUAUUGCUGAGAUUCAAAAGAGUUUGUUGGAGGAGCAGAGACUGCGAGUGGAGCUGGAGACUGAGCAGCAACAGCAGCUUCUAGAGUGGGGACAGAGACACCAGGAGAAGGAGAAUGAAAUCCAGAGACUGAAGUAUCUGUGUGAUGAAAAUCAACAGCUAAUCGAAGAAAAGGAACUGUAUAAACAGAAGCUGUCCUUGAUGGAUUGCACGACCACUAAGUUCAGCAAUCGUCUCUCUGAAACUCUGGUUGUGGAAGCAUCUGAUUCUCCCUUUGACUACAUUCCUCAAAAGCCAAAGCACCGGAGGAAGACAUGUGCUAAACCCUCAGCUCCAACCCCUCGCAUGACGUUAGAGGAGCUGCUCUCUGACUCGGAGUCAGAUACAGAGGCUACCCAUAAUGACUGUGACUGGAACCCAGUCAAGCCAAAAGCAGCAAAGAAAGUCAAUGGAGGGUGCUCCUGCAAAGGACGGUGUGCAAACAAACAGUGCAAAUGUAGGAAACAGAGGGCUGACUGUGGGGAGCACUGUAAAUGUGACGCUGAGCAUUGCCGCAAUCGCAUCUCCUCGGUUCUCGAUGCCUUCAACGAUGAGGGAUCUGACGGCUCCUUUAAACUGGAUGAUCCCACAAUAUCGGAAUCUUGCUUCUUCCUGCCUCUCAAUGCCACGUCGGACAAGAGUUUGAGCAACAUCACUGACCUGGGAGAGACAGCGUUAAAGCUCACGCGGAAGCCACUGACUGUGGAGACCGAAGCCAUCAGCGAAUCCUUCACCAAACGCAAGAAGAAAGCCCUGUUGAGCGCCAACACCAGUUUCUUCUCGGGAUGCACCCCCAUUCGAGAGGGGCUGGAGUGAAUGAGGGCCAUCGGCAGGGAACUGCUCAUAAAUAUUUCUGUUCUUAAAAUCUAUUCCUUUUUAAAUUGUAUCUUGAUCCCUUCCCUGCAGCGCUCUCCAGUGAUCUGUUGGCAAACCAUUCUCCUCUGACAAUUCUCCUGCACUUGACAAAGUGUGAUUGGCUGCGGCCUCAGCCUCACACAGGGCUGGCCUUCAGGUUUAGAUUAACAGGAAGAGUCGGGCUGUGACUUUUUCUCUCUCAACUACCCGGGGGGGUGGGGGGGGGCACUUUUGUAGCUGAUGGAAAGUCGUGUUUCUGCAAUUGUGAUUAAACUUCUUUCACUAAGGUUUGAGAUGUCAGUCUCCCAACUAACCAAUGAAAAUAUUCUAGGUGUAUAGUUGUACAAUAAAUUUUAAUUGUUGAGCAUAUAGGAAAGUUAUUGUGUGUGUGUCUGAGUUGUGCCUUUUGCACACACCUAUCCAGGCCCAUUCUGUGGGGGAGUUUUAAUAAAAUGUCUGAAAAAC